AUGGUCAAGACACUGCCCUUCGCCUCGAGCCAAGUCCCCGUCCCAGGCUACGGUGCAAUGGGACUGAGUGCCGGACUAGGCACCAAUCUUUCCUACGACGAAGCAGAGCCAGUUCUGCUGAAGGCACUCGAGCUAGGCUGCACAUUCUGGGACACCGCCGUCGUCUAUGGCGCCGGCAUCAACGAGAAGCUGCUCGGCGACUUCAUCCGCAAGCAUAAGUGUCGAGAGAAGCUCUUCAUUGCCUCGAAAUGCGGCCUCGACGUCUUUGGCGGAGGGAAGUUCUCUGUGGACAACUCGCCGGAGCAUAUCCGCAAGUAUAUCGAAGGCACGAUUGACCGCUUGGGAUUCGCGCCGGAUCUUUACUACCUCCACCGGAUCGACCCCAAUACACCCCUGGAGGACUCUAUCAGCGCUCUCGACAGCAUCCGAAAGGCGGGCAAGUGCAAAUACAUCGGCCUCUCAGAAUGCUCCGCCGCUACCCUCCGCAAAGCCAACUCCAUCGCGCACAUCGACGCCGAACUCGGCGUCGCCUACGUCGCCUUCUCCCCGCUCGGCCACGGCUGGCUGGUUGACAACUUCGACUACGCCUCGCCCCAAGACUUUGCGGAGGAUGACUUUCGGCGGACCUCACCAAAGUUCCAGGGCGAGAAUUUCUACAAGAAUAAGGCGAUUGUGGAGGAGAUCAAGAAGCUAGCGGAUAGGAAGGGGUGUACGACGAGCCAGUUGGCGUUGAGCUGGGUGGCGAGUCAGGGGUUGAUCCCGAUUGCGGGGACGACUAAGGCGGGGAGGUUGGUGGAGAAUUGGGGGAGUAGGGAGGUGGUGUUCAGCGAGGAGGAGCUGAAGGAGAUGCGGAGGAUCGUGGAUGAGGCGAAAGUGGAGGGGGAGAGGUAUGGUGAGGCGCACUCGAGGAUGGUUGGUCAUUGA